AUGGCACAGCUGCCGUCGUACGGCGACGCCAACGAGCGGCUCGACAACCGCAUCCUCCCCCCGGUCACCCUGCGGGUAGCCGGCCGCUUCGUCUACUCAGACGAUCCGCAGGCACCGCCGCUGUACGAGCUCUCACACUCCAUCGGCUUCCUCAGCGACACAGACCACGUCGUGCGCGUCCAACGCCUCCAGCACGUAGUCAAACAGUUCAACGGCGCUCCGCACGUGUCGACGAGAGCGCGGCACUUGUACGACCUGAAGCAUCCCAGCCACGUCACCGCGCCCACCUUUCCCUUCCACGCCGAGGCCACCUCUCGACAGAGUCUCUGCUCUCUUGGCAUCACCCGCUUUCGCCCCCGGAGGCUGUCAACGGCCAGGGGCUAUCGGGUGCAUCGCGCCGCCCGCGGGCCGAACCACCAGCUCGUGAGCCAAGAAGCCAUCUUCACGGUUCUGCCGGCCAGAGACAGGGCUGUGACGUUUGAGUGGUUUGACGCGCAAAGCCGCCUCCUGGCGCGUGAGCUGGUCCAGGGCGACAUGAUGAGCUUCCUGAUCGGCACCGAGAUGAGCCUGGGGGCCCGAGACGCCCUUGUGGCGGCUUGGGUUUUGAAGGUGUGGUGGGAACUGGCCGGAGGCCACAACCGGUGGAGAUGGUGGCAAUAUGGUAAGCCCUCUCCUUGA